GUGGAACCGUGCCGAAAGAACAAGAAUUUAGCGCAGAGAAUCAAUUGGUUUAUGCCAGCUCGUGAAAAAGAUAUUGGGUAUUGGUUAUUGGAUCCUUGUUUUCGGCGGCAAUCAUGAAGUUAGGAGAGUCACCAAUUUAUACGGAAUGUUUCGAUGGUUCGACAUAUGUUUUAAAGAGACUGGAGCCAAACCCAGUUUCGAAAGUUCUUAUCAACUCAAUUCGUCCAAUGAGGAUACAAGUUCAAAACGUUUUAACACUAUCUAUGAAACAUAUAUCAAAAUACCAGUCCAACGUUAGUAGUACCACCACAUCUAUGAUCGAUGUCAUUAGAGAUGAACCUGUCAUACUUGCUCGUCUAGGAUUUGUUGUUAGUUGUGGUUUAGGAGGCUAUAUUCUUGGAUAUAAAGGCCAUUCUGUUCGCAAGUUGGUAUACGCAUCUUUAGGUAGUUCUGUCGCAACUCUUGUUUGUUUCCCUAAUGCUUCACUAUCUAAUGUGAAGUGCGCCAUUGAUCUUAUAUCAAAAAAGUUCUCCGAGAUGACCAAAAAAUAAAGUAAUUGAUGUUUUGGUUUCUCUCAGUACGUUGAGCAAAUCCAAUGAUGUUUUAUUUAUCAUUACAGCAGUCAAACGAUAGUUUCCCAUCAGAAAAAGCGUUGUGUCGUGUAUAAUCAAGUAAAAGUGGUUAGAUAACUUAAAACAUUUGUCAACGUCUGUUUUUAGAAUAAUGACUAUUGCAAUAAUAUAGUUAGGUUUUUAUUUAUAUAUAUAUAAAUAUAUAUACAUAUUUUGGC